CGUGUGAAAUGUAGAGUGACGUAAGAACCGAUCUUACUUCUCACUUUCACAGAAAUACUUUUCAGUGUUAAAGAAGCAGGCAGUGAAGAGGAACGGCGAAAAUGAACAAGUUCGCUGCGUUUUUUCUGUGUCUGGCCUUGCUGGUCGUCCUAACAGAUGCCUCUCCCAUCAUCAAAGAGAAUCUAGCCAAGCAGCUUCUCCGAAGCAAGCGACAGGAGCAGCCUAGAAAGGCGGGCUACACCGACGAGUCAAUGAGGGAGCACAUGCUGCAGAUGCAGAGGCUGGAGCAGAGGGCUCGUGAGACCAACCUGGAGCACUGGCUCAAUCCCCACUGCUACCCUCACUGUGACAGGAACUAUGGCCACCCCGUGUGACCCAAACGACUGCUACACCGUCAAGGUCUCCUUCAGCCUGUCUGGACGACAA